GUGAAAGAAGCUUCAGCCUCUGGUUUCGGCUUGUGCUAAACAGUCUAUUAGUGCAGAAGCUGAGCACAGACGUGAGUGUGACAGUGACAUCUUAGUGCAGUGACAUCUCCCAGUGUGAGUGACACCAGCGCUGAUCUGACAGCAGAGAUGAACAUCAGUUGGCCUUGGGGUUUCUCGUUCUCAGAACAGUCUAGCAGGACUAAAGACUUAGUUUUACCACCCAGGGACACAAGAUUAAUUGUGGGAAUCACAUCCAGGUGCGCAGAAGAAAAACUAAAAUGGCUGAUAGACCUGCUGAAUUCUGCAUGUUUCUCUGGUCUGGUGUCAGAAGUGAGAUUUGUCUAUAUCAGCAACAGGAACUUUAUUGAAUGGAAGCAAGAAGUCAAAAAAUGCUGUGUAGUGAUUCUCUAUCACACUGUACAUCACGGUGGUCUCAAUAUCACCGAUAUAGAUGCAGCGCUGUACAAUGACGAACUUCUCUACCUGUCACAAAGUAGAGGUCAGGGUAACGUUAUAGUUGUGGUGGAUGAUCUCGAACAGACAGAUGACGAUAAGAGACAGAUAAUACUGAAGAAUCAGCCCAGUAUCGGACGUUAUUCCUGUGAGCUGCUUCUUAUUCCUACGAAACAGAAAGAGACGGCUUUCCUGACAAAAUGCAGACGUUUACAGCCUGUUCAGCCCAGAGGCCCAUCACAACAAUCUGGGACUCCAUCAUCCAAGGAAGACUUAGGACCCACCAAAUCAAAACAGCCGAAGCAUUCUGAUAGCAAACAGGAAUCCUUAACAAGUCCUGAAAGGAAUUUCCGUAUUAGACCUUCGCUCCAUAAGCAUAGAAUCAGCAUCUUUUCAAGAGCGGCAUCGAGUAACUAUCAGUGGUUGGUAUCUCAGCUUAUGGGGCCAAGCUUCAGAAAUCUGCUGGAAAAAGAUGUCAGCUGUGUUUACAUUUCUAAUAAUUACUCACAGUUUCUACAAAAAACAUCAGAGUGCACGUUUGCCAUUCUGUACCAUACACGUAAACAUGGGCGCAUCAAUAUCACGGAUGUUACAGACUCUCUGUACGAUAAAGAACUGGGAGAUUUGUCUCAGAAGCUUGGUAAAGAUAACGUCAUUGUGGUGAUUGAUGAUCUAGAGAUUAGCAGUGAGGAGGAGAAAAGGAGGAUCCUACAGAAUCAGCCCAGCAUUGAGAGACUGGCCCGAGAGACUUUCCUCUUCAGUGAGAAGGAGAAAACGUCUAAACAUGGAAGCUCUUCAUCUGAGUUUUUAUUUGCUGAUCAGAAACUGAUGAGAAAACUGCAAGAAAUGAAAGAAGUUAUUGAAAUGAGUUAUCAUGCUCCUCAAAAGCCACCAGGCAAAGAAAAAUAUCCAAUUACCACCAAUAAACCAGAAGAGCAGCAGAGGAACAAGACACCUGCGGCAGAAGGUUAUGGCUUCAGGAACCAGUCACCUUCUGAGUUACAAUGUCAUGAGAAGAGCAGACAAGGACAUGACAAUGACCCUAAAGGUCUCCACAGUCACCCUCUGCCUCGUGAUGAAAGUACUGACAUACCGACAUAUGCAGCAUUACAAGACAAAAAAGAAAUAUUUGAUGAAAUGUUACUGAAGAUGAAAAUGAAAGCUCACAGAAACAAUAAACUCACCCUGCAAGAAUCUGUAAAAGGAAUGAAUAGCUGGUCACCUGGCAAUCCAGUGUUGGACUAUUUAUAUAAGCUUCAAUUACUAGAUGCUACAGCAAGAAACCCCUGUAUGGGAUUGGAAACAUACAAAACAAAUCUGGAUAUGGAACCUGAUGCAUCAAAUGUCAUUCAUCCACUUGAUAUUUUAUGUGUUCUCCUACAUUGUUCAGACACAUUGUUACAACAGUACAUUCUAUCAAACAUGUCUAUGUGCCAGUUUUCUGUUCCUUUGCUGCUUCCGGGUGUUGAUGGUCCAGAUUACACCUUCAUGCUAUGGGCAAUGAGAGAUAUUGUGAAGAGGUGGAUACCUCAAUCAUUAGUAGCUUCUAAAGGGUUUACAGAAGACAACUUGGUACAAAUACAGAUGCCGGUUUUCUCUUUUGUUAGAUUGGGUACUUGUAACAUAUCAAAGUCUAAAGUUCUCAAUGAAGUUCUUAGCCCGGCACAGCAGUAUCAUGACUUCUUUACACACAGAAAUAUGGAAGGUGGUAAUGUUCCUCGGCAAAUUUCCAGUGGGUUAGUGGAAAUAUUCUGGUAUUUUCCUGCAGGCAAAGACUAUUUAGAUGUAUUUACAGAACCUGUUGCAAUUACAAAUCUAAGAGGAGAUCUGGAGUCUAACUUAAAGCAAUUCCACUUCUUGUCACAAAUAUCAUCUUCAGUUUUUAUUAUUGCUGAAAGUAUCACUAAUGACCAAUACCAGCUGCUACAUAACAUAAAAGACUCAAAGACAAAAUAUUUCUUCAUUAUAGCCCCCACUGGUGGGAAAAUGGAUACAGACACACAGGAAUUCCUAAAGCAGCUUUUAAGCCCUAACAGGACAAACAUCUUAGUGAUGAAUAAAGCUUCCAAUGAAGCAGCACUUGUAAAAAAUAUCCGGUCAGCUAUAGUCAAGUUAGGACAAAACAACUCACAGAACCUUAGUAUCGAAAAUAUGGUGCAAAUAGCUGAGGAUUUUAAAAUCUUUAUAGAUGAAAACUCAGAAGAAUGUCAGAAAGCAAAAGAAGAUGCCAGAAAAAUAACUGAGAAGAUACAAGAUGUGGUAGAGUACAAGAGGGAAACAGUGAAGUUACAGGGUGAUCCUUGGAAAGAAUUAGCCAAACUGGAAAAAGAAAUGUGUCAAAUGAAAAGACAAGGAACUAAUAAUGGUGAAGAAUAUGAAUAUAGAAUUAAUCAAAGGUGUUCAGAAAUACGAAAGCAACAAUAUACAAUCAGGGGUCCAAAUGACAUAACCAGUUUUAUUACAGCCAUAACAAACAAGAGUCAUGUUGAAAGGUGGUAUUUUGUAAAGUGGAUGAAGUUUUAUCUUAAUUUAGCAGCUAGAAAUAAACUUUCUAUUCAAAAUCAGUGUAAUAAUGAACGUAUAUAUUUAACUAACAAAGAACUAGCAGGACUGGAUCAGAGGAUUUCAGAUGGUUCAUUAGGAGUUGAACAUUUCAUGAGAGAGUUGAGUCAAUUAUAUGAGGCAGAAUACUUCACAGUAAAAGAAAAAACAGAUAGAAACAAUAGUGGUCUCCCAGGUAUAGCAGCUGAUCUCCUGCUGGAUGGGUUCCCAUUGGAGCUGAUUGAUGGAGAUGCCUCCAACAUCCCCCUGCAGUGGGUAACUGAUGUCCUGACUGAGCUGGACAACAAGACAGGAGGAGGAUGCAGACUGAGGGUGAUAACUGUUCUGGGGAAGCAAAAUACACGAACCUCAGCUCUUCUGAAUAUCAUCUUUGGGUUGCAGAUCCCUAUACCUAGUGGAUAUUGCAUACAUGGAGCCUUUAUGACACUUAUUAAAGUGAAGGAGAACAUUAAGGGGAAGCUAGGAUUUGACUUUAUUCUGGUGAUUGACACAAAAGGUCUGAAAACAUCUAGACUGGAUGACAGAUGUGAACAUGAAAAUAAAUUGCUCACACUUGCUAUCGGGCUAAGUGAUAUAACCAUUAUUAACAUGGAUACUGAAAAUACAGACAACAUAAAAAACAUUUUACAAAUUGUGGUCCAGGCUUUUCUCAGGGUGAAAGAAACAGGAAAAAAACCUAGAUGUCAAAUGGUGCAUCAGGAUGUGAGAGAUGUAUUUGAUCAUGAAAAUAACAUGAGGGACAGAAAGAAAUUCUUGGAACAACUAAAUGAAAUGACAAGACUUGCAGCAAGUAUAGAGAGAAAAUAUGACAUCACAGCAUUUUCUGAUAUUAUGGAAUAUGAUCUUGAGCAACACGACUGGUACAUCCCUGGGCUCUGGCAUGGGUCCCCUCCCAUGGCUCCUGUAAGCUCUGGAUACAGUAAAAAAAUAUGUGAGCUAAAACGUAAUCUAUUUCAGUUUCUUAAAAAGUCUUCUAAGAAGGCACAAACAAUUCCAGAAUUUGUUAAAUGGAUAUCAAGUUUUUGGAACUCUUUAAAGGAUGAGAGAUUCAUAUUUAGCUUUAGAAAUAACCAGUCUGUCAUGGCAUACAACCAGCUGGCCAAAAAAUAUUCAGAACUAGAACAGAACUUCAGCAAAGAGGUCCAUGAAUGGGUGCUAAAAACUGAAAAAACUAUAAAAGAACAAUCUCCUGAUCAGCUAGAAAUGAUGGUAAAUCAGUUUAAGGAACAGAUUUCUUUUAUCGUCACAACACAAGAAAAGAAAAUGCUGUCAGAAUUACAGAAUAUUUGUCAGAUACUAACUGGAUUGGUUCCUUUAAUAGAGGGCUUCCAGGAACACUUUAUUAACAUUGUGCAAAACCUCAAGAAAAAACUUGAAACAUCUUCAAUUGAGAGUUGUAAACAAACCAUUAGAAUAAAAAAUGAUCUGUAUAAGAUCCAGAACAUGCAUGAAACCUGCAUAAAAGCUAUUGAGAAAAAAGUAUCCUCAAUCUGUAAAGCAAACAAAAAAGAGGUCAGUCAUGCAGAAGAGUUUGAUAACUUGUGGUGUGAGAUCGCAUCAGACUUGAAUGUGAUUAAAUUACCAGAACGUGAUAUUGAGAGGGAGAUGCUGGAUACACUCACUAAAGAAAUGUGUUCUAGAGGAUCUUCUGUCAAUGAAAAAUUACAUUGUAUCAAGUGUUUACCUGAAAAAGAGCAAGUUACAGACACAGUUGGUUAUAGUAAAUUUAAGCUUUUUAAAACGUCUAUAUUAGAGAAAUGUUCUAAUUAUCUAAGAAAGGCAGUACACAUAGACCAUGAUUAUGAUGAGACCUAUUGUAGGGAACUACUGAAUAUUGUCACUGCCAGCUGUGCACACGAUGACGCUAAAGACCUUCACAUCACUGCGGAAACUGAGCUGGAACUGAUGCUCUCAGCUUUGGGAUCCGCUGUGGGAGAAUUUAAACAGAUGCACAAUGACUUCAUCCAGAACAAUGACCCUUAUUACCAUUUUGAUCAGCAAAAACAAAAAUACAGUGACAUGUUUAAUAAAAUAUUCAGUGAGAAAAUUGAAGGCCAAAAAUGUGGAAAGCAAUGUUUUGAACAUUACUUAAAGCCAGCUUUGGUUGAUCACAUUUAUAAAACAUAUAUUAAAGAAAUAGUGAACAUAUUAAGCAGCAUAGAUUUUUCUACAUAUACAUUUUGUUUCUUUCAAUAUACUAUCCUGGAACAAAUGCUAGAAGAAAGUGAUUUCCACCAAUAUUUAGAAUAUUGCAGAAAUUAUGAAAACUAUAGCAAAAAGCGAUUAUUAAAAUUAAUCUUGAAAAAUCGCAUUACCUGCCAAUUGCACUAUGAAACACUGUUUAGUGUCACCAAGAAGAUGAGAGAAUGCCUCAAGGAUGAAGAAAUCCUACAAAGUCGCAAUGCCCAGGAGUUUCUACAAUGUGUUUCUGAUAAGUUAAAAAAUGAGCUGGAUAUUUCACAGAAUGAGGUGAAAGAUGUUUUCCAAACAUUUCCAAAUAUCAAAGAGUUUGUUGCUUGUGUUGAGAAGUCACUGAAGGACACAGAAGAUGAAAUCAGAUCUGAAAUAGAAUCUCCGGACAACAAGUCUUUGUUUUCUAAGGCCACGCUAGACCACUUAGAUGAGGUUUUUAAGAACAUGCCUAGGUGUAAGACACAGUGUCAGUUCUGCAAAGCGUCCUGCGAUGUUGAAGAUAUUGGCCACAAAGUGCACUCCUCUUUAGUACAUCAACCUGAGGGACUAGGAGGAAAGAUAUCAGCAACAACAGAAAUGUUUGAUAAUGAGACCUGCUCUACAAAUACAGCUGGAAAUCGCUCAUUAACAAGCUCAGUAACCGAUGGUAACUCAGUUUCUCCCAAAGACUACCAGACAUAUUACCCAGAAUGGUUCACUGCUACCAACUUGAGUACUGAAGCCUCUGACUACUGGAAAUAUGUUCUUAAGGAGUUUGAUGAGCAGUUUGCAGAAGCAUUUAAAGUGCAGCCUUCUGCUUAUCCUAAAGAAUGGAACAAAAUAACCAAAGAGCAAGCGCGUGUGAGUCUAAGGGCAGCUUUCCAUAUACAAAACAAAUAGAGAAACUCUACUGUUGUACACUAUCUAUGUGACAAUAAGUUCCUUAUGUCCUGUAACAAUUGUGACACAGUUAAUGACAGUUGAUAUUGUAAUGCAUUUAAUAGUUUUUUGUUUUUAUUACCAACAUAGAACAGAUGCAAACACUUUACAAAUCCAAUCAUCCUUUGAUCUUCCUGUAAAUAAAGUAGGAAGUUCUUUGCUUGUCCAUCUAACCCAUUUUAUUUGCACAUAUUUUUUAUUAGAAUUGUAUUAAAAAUUUAAAGAGAGUGCAAGAACUCAAAGCUGAAAAAUAAAAGUAAAAAAGAUUGAAGAACAACUAAACUAAGAUGUACUAAUAUAUAAAGACCAUGGGCACAUAUACAGAGUGACUGAAAGUGCACCUAGUUUUAUUGCUUUACCAAUGUGAUAUGUGAUAAAAUAUUAAUAAUGUUAUAAAGGAAUAAAACACUUACUAUAAAUAAUUAAAAUGUUACUAACAAGAUAAGAAACAACACAGGCUUCUGUAUUAAUAACCAAUAAAUAUAUGUACCUUAAA